CCUAACCUACAUACGAAACCAUAAAGCAUGCUGAUAAAAACUGCAGCUGUACACUAAAAGGAAACCAUGUUUAGAAGCACAGAGCACCAAUGUUAAGAACUUUUAAGAAGCGGCAGAUAAAACACCAUACAAAGCAGCAGUAUUGCUGAGGCCCCCCAGCUGGAACCAGGUGCAAAACCAUGGAACCAUGACCUUGUGGGAGAUGCCGGAGGCAAAACUCUGGCUUGGAGCAGAGCCUGCCUAUCCCAGGGUGGAUCUUCAUCCUCUGGCCUGGAGAAGAAGAUAGUCACCUCACCUGGCUGCAGAUCCUGCCUGAAAGCACAGGCUCUUAUUGGACUGGAGGAGGAGGAGGAGAUCCAGGAUGGAGCUCAGCAUCUGUGCCAAGGAUAAGGUGCCUAGGCAGCCUUUCAAGGGAGACAACUCCAGCGUUCAGACUAUGCCAAGGAAGCAAUCAGAGUUGCUGCGGCGACGACGGAGGAAGAUCAGCCAUGCGUGUGUCAAAGGCAAGGGACAGCUGAAGCUCUCCAUCAACAUGCAAGGCGGAGGCCUUGCACUGCAUGUCAUGGAAGCCAAAGGCCUGAUGGGGAAGAGCUACCGGAUCUGUGACUCCUUUGUCAAGGUGUCCGUCGUGCCGGACAGAGGCCAGAAGUUCAGGCAGAGGACCAAGGUGGUGCCAGACAGUAAAAACCCUGUCUUCCAUGCGCACUUUCUCUUCCCUUUGCAAGAGGAGGAUGAGCAGAAGCGCCUGCUGGUCACGGUCUGGAACAGACAGCGGAGUUCCAGGCAGUGCGAACUUAUUGGCUGCAUGAGCUUCGGCGUGAAGACCCUGCUGAGUCCAGACAAGGAGAUCAGCGGCUGGUACUAUCUUCUGGGAGAGGACCUGGGCCAGACAAAGCACCUGAAGGUGGCCACUCAGCAGCUGAAGCAAAACAGAGAGCUGAUGUUGGCCAAGCCGGCCGCGUUGCUGGGGAACCCAUUGCGUGAGAGCAUGGAGCAGCUCAAGAUCACAAUCUCUCGUGGAAAGAAUGGGUUUGGAUUCACCAUCUGCUGUGACUCCCCUGUCCGGGUGCAAGCAGUUGACUCUGGUGGCCCAGCGGAGAAGGCUGGUCUGCAACAACUGGACACCGUCCUCCAGCUCAAUGAGCAGCCGGUGGAGCACUGGAAAUGCGUGGAGCUCGCCCAUGAAAUCCGGAACUGCCCCCGGGAGAUCAUGCUGCUGGUCUGGCGCAUCGUCCCGCAAGUCAAGCCCGGCCCCGAAGGCGUCACCCGCCGCUCCUCUUGCAAAUCAACGUACGACUUGCAGUCGCCACCCAACAAGCGGGAGAAGAACAGCACGCAGCGGGGGCCACGGGUCCCCGAGCACCGCCAGAGCUGCCAUGUCGUGUACGACGGGAAUGACGGGCUGGUGCUCAACGGCUGGGAGCGCUACACGGAGCUCGGCAAGGUCGCCCAGCGCACCAUGCCCCCGCUCUCCAGACCGCCCUCCUCUGGCGGGGACAAGAACUACAUCCUCCUGGCACCGCUCAAUCCCGGAAGCCAGCUCCUGAGGCCAGUCUACCGAGGAGAGGGCAAGGCCCCUGGAGGCAGUGCCUGCAGAAGUGGGUCUCACGGCAAGAAAUCCCGGCUCAUGAAGACCGUCCAGACCAUGAAGAGUCCCAGCGGCAACCCCCAGAGCUGCACCCUGCUGAGACCCCACAUUCCGCACUCCAGUUAUGGCACAUAUGUGACGCUGGCUCCCAAGGUGCUGGUCUUCCCCAUUUUCGUGCAGCCCCUCGACCUCUGCAAUCCCGCCCGGACGCUGCUUUUGUCAGAAGAGCUGCUUCUGCACGAGACACGCAACAAACCUACAAAGGUGACUCUCUUCGUCUACUCGGAUUUGUUGCUGUUCACCAAAGAGGACGAGCCGGGCCGGUGCAACGUCCUCCGGAACCCGCUUUACCUGCAGGAUGUCAGGCUGCAAGAGGUUUCCUCUGAGAAUCUGAAAUUUUGCAUCCUCUACUUGGCUGAGAAGUUGGAGUGCGUCGUCAGCUUGGAGGCUCACUCCCAUGAGCAGAAGAAGCGGGUUUGCUGGUGCUUGUCCGAUAACAUUGCAAAGCAGCAGCCCACCACACCCACGGCACCUCCGGCGGAGAGCAAGAUGCUUGAGCCCGAGGUUGAGAAUCCAGGGGCGAUGCCCUCCCUGGGAGAGGAUGGGACCGGCGGCGUUGCCCGCCCCCUGAUGGAGAAGGCAGCGGUGAGGUUGUCUGAGGAGGCUAUGGCUGAGACUCAGACCCCCCCUCCAGAAGGAGACAAGGGUCUGAGCCCCGCGGAGCACAAGAGUGAGGAGGAAGAGGAAGGGUCUUAUAGCAGCUCCACAACCUUCGUGAUCCCCAAGCUCCGCCUGGACAGCACCUUCAGCCAGGACACAGUGGAGCUUGACAGCUUGGCAGGCCUGGGCAAUGAGGAGGAGGAGGAGGAGGAAGAAGAAGAAGAAGAAGGGGAAGAGGAGGAGGAGGAGGAGGAAGAGGAAGAGGAGGAGGAGUACAGCGACGAGGCCUGCCCUGGCCGAGGCGAGGCGAAGCGCUGCAGCAUGGUCGAGUCGUCGGUGUGCGAUUCGGGCUGCAGGCUGAGCGUGCAGAACUCGCUGCGCCGUCGGACCCAUAGUGAAGGCAGCCUCCUCCAGGACUCCCGGGCUGGGCACAGCUUCACCUCCGACACCACUCUGAACUACACCGAGGGGCAGGAGCCUGGGGCCUCCUGGACGCUGCCGUCCCCCAAGACCCUCAAGAAGCACCUCACCAAGGAUGGGGGCUCCCUCCACCAGCUCACGCUGCUCUUCGCUGGGCACCGGAAGCACAUGCUGGAACCGGAGUGUGCAUGCGACUGGGCAACCAGGGCUGCCCGCAAGAAGAUGAACAAGAACCUGGCCAAGGACAUGAAGAACCGGCUGGGGAUUUUCCGAAGGCGGAACGAGUCGCCCGGCCGCCACCCUGCAGGCAAGCUGGACAAAGUUCUGAAGACCCUGAAGCCGACUCCAGAAGAAGCCUUCAAGUGGGGAGAAUCCUUGGAAAAGCUGCUUCAGCAUAAAUAUGGCCUGGCAGCCUUCCGCGCCUUCCUACGGACUGAGUUCAGCGAGGAGAACCUGGAGUUCUGGCUGGUAUGCGAGGAGUACAAGAAGCUCAAGUCCCAGUCCAAGAUGGCCUCCAAAGCCAAGAAGAUCUUCGGGGAAUACAUUGCCAUCCAGUCCUGCAAGGAAGUCAACCUGGAUUCGUACACACGGGAACACACCAAAGAGAACCUGCAGAACAUCACCCGGAGCUGCUUCGACCUUGCCCAGAGGCGGAUCUACGGCCUGAUGGAGAAGGACUCGUACCCUCGCUUCCUGCGCUCAGAGCUGUUCUUGGACCUCAGUAACCAGAAGAAGCCCAGCCCUGUGCUGUAGAAGGACCCGGGCCUGCUUCUCUGGGAGAACUGCUCUUUGAAAAGUGUAUGUUUACAUAUCUAUCAACUGCCUUUUGGGGUAGGGGGACAGCUUGUCCACGGAAGCCAUAUCUGCCCUCCGGAAGGGGAGUGGGAGAACUAAGCCGCCCGGCCCUGUCCCAUCCCAGGAACCUGCUUCUUCUCUCCGGUACGACGACAUCCCGUGAGCUGGGCUGGCGGUCCCACCAGGUCACUGUGAAAUUAAGAGCGGUCUCCCCCCACCCCCGACUUCCGCCUCGGGAGGUAGCGAGAGCAAGAGGGAUCCUUUCCUCAGAGGGCACCUGGAAUGGGACCAGACGGCUUUUGCGGGCGGGCAGAGGGCUACUGUCACUCCUCCCGAAGAGACGCUAACAACAGGCCUGCAUUCUGGGAAGGGAGCAAUCAGCAUUUCCGUUCCUCUGCUCUCAACAAGAAGAGAGGGAGAACCUUUCCCGUUCCCCCUUCUAAUGAACGGUUGUGCAGUCCACUUGCUUCUCUCCGUCUUGCCUCUACGUUGUCCGUUCCUAGGUUUAUUUAUUGAAAUCUUCUGUGCUCAGCAGUCAAGAACUUCUUGACUUCCUUCUGAGCGUAUAUAUAUAGAUAUAUUUUUGGGGGGUGUUUAUUAUUAUUAUUUUUAAUUUAAGUGCAAUAUAUAUAUAUAGAAGAUAGAUAUAUAUUUGGGUGCAUGUCCCGGUUUGGGGUUUCUUUUUCUUUCUUUCUUUCUUUUUUUUUUAGAGGGCUUUCCGGUGGGAUGAGUGGGACUUCUGAGUGUGUUCAGCGUCUUUCCUGUCGUCCUUCUUCCUAACUGUGUUUCUCUCCAGCAGCAGGCAGCUGGGAGACUGUAAAGGGGGUAUCCCAUUGCAGCAGCAAACUUUGUAUAGAUCCAAGCAGCUGUAAAUAACAGGCCCUGUAUCUGCACUGUGCAUGGCAUGUGAGAGAGGAUGUGCGUGUGAGUGUGUGCUUGUAAAUGUUGGUCCGGAAAAGCCCAAUCUGCACCUCUGCCAUGGAGUCCUUGCAGCCUUCUGGCUCUAGAGCCAGGUUUACAGAUCAGAUCCAUCUCUGCAGUUAAGAAAAGCAUUUUUUUAAAUAUUUUUUUUUUUUGGAUGUCAUGGCUAUUUAGGAUAAAUAAAGAGACAAUACCA